UACUCAAAUUUUCAACAAUGACUUUUCAAUUCCUCUCCCCAAAGCCAUCAUCGUAUACAAAUAAAGUUGAUGCGGAUGGAGAUAUUGAUAUGCUUCUUAAAACAGAAAGAGAAAAUUUCGAGACGAAAGUUGUGACGCCUGGCGAAACCAUAACUCAUGCUACACAAUAUAUGGGAGGUCAUGGAACUUAUAUUUCACCUGAGACAAAUCAACGUUUGUCAUCGGUAGCCGGCGUGGUUGAUCGCGUCAACAAACUAAUUUCUAUACGCCCCUUACACACGAGGUAUACGGGUGAAAUUGGAGAUUUGGUAAUAGGUAGAAUUACAGAAGUUUCACAAAAAAGAUGGAAAGUUGAUAUAAAUUCAAGACAAGAUGCAGUAUUAUUGUUGUCGUCCAUUAACCUUCCUGGUGGUGUACAAAGACGUAAAACUGAGGCAGAUGAACUUCAAAUGAGAAAGUUUUUUUCUGAGGGAGAUUUAUUAGUGGCUGAAGUACGAGAAACUUUUCAGGAUGGUUCUUUUUCAUUACACAUAAGAAGUCUUAAAUAUGGCAAGUUACGUAAUGGUUCUUUUGUUAUAGUUCCACCAGCACUUGUUCAACGAUGUAAAACACAUUUUCAUACGUUACCGUGUGGAGUUAAUUUGACUUUAGGUUUGAAUGGUUAUAUUUGGGUGAGCAAGCAUACAACACAAACAGUUGAAGAAUUGGCCAUUUAUUCUAAUGAAAAUGAGGAAAUUGAUCAAGAAAAUCGUGAAGCAAUUGCGCGAGUUUGUAAUAGCAUCAGUGCAUUGAGCCGCCAUUUCAUGUGCAUAAAUGACAAAAUGAUAAUGUUAGCGUAUGAAGCUUCUUUGAAUUUUCCGGUUAAAGAUUUAUUAAAAUUAGAUGUGAUGGAAGUCAUAACAAGUGAAGUGAGUGAAAAAAUGAUUUUAUUGAAAGCUGGUAUGAGAAGAUAAUUAUACAUUGUUGUAUUGCUAAAGUGUUUCUUAGUAAUACGAUCAAUGAGCAAGGUUAUUAGAGCUAUGUUAAAAUACAACUAGCACAUUUAACUUUUUAUACAUUAGAUAUUAUUUAUUAUUUUGUCACUAAUGAUGCACCUGAACUUCACAAACCUUUCAAAACUACCUUAUCCUAAUUAUACUGGUCUAAAUAUGAUCAAUCAAUUUAGUAAUUUACAGCUUACGCUUUACAUUUAUUAUUACAAAAAUAGCAUAUACAAAAAUGCAGGAAUAAAAUACAGUAAAAAUAUUGAUUAUUUAGUCUUAAUUGAACUUCCCUCUAGUGUAGACACCGAUGCGUA